UCGUACGAACAUUUAAAACUCGAAAACUAUAAAAAAAAUUAGUAUCCCGUCUGCUUUCACUGAAAUCAAAACCUCCAAGAAAUGACGCCUCCAAUGAGAAAAGCAACACACGCGUGUUCUUCUUGUCCACUACUCAUCAAUGGCCAUUAACGUUUCUCUGCUCUCUUUUCUCUUCCUUUUGAGCUCAAAUUUGCUCUGUUCUUUGACCUCUGCAACUUCUUCUCAUAAGUGCAAUCCCUCCAUGGAUGCAACCCUAUCUGCUCCAACCCCAUUAAUAAAUUUUCUUCAACCGCUGCAGAGAGCUGCCCUGGAUUCGUUUGGACCAUCGGGCUUCGAUCCGAAGCUCUAUGUCGAUCUUCCGCUGAGGUUCGGCCUCGAGGAGACGGAGAGAGCCUUCCAGGAGCUUCCACGGCUCUCGAAUCAGUCUGUCGAAGCUCGAGUCCUGAUGGAAUUUAUUGAAAAUUACAUGGAGCAGGCUGGGAGUGAUCUUGUGUAUGUCGAGCCGAGUGAUUUUGUGCCGGAGCCUCCGGGGUUUUUGCCAAAUGUUGGAAACCUGAGGGUGAGGAAGUGGGCCCUGGAUGUCCAUGGCCUAUGGAGGAAUUUGAGCAGGAAAGUUUCAGAUGAGGUUGGCAAGAAGCCCGAAAAACACACUCUUCUUCCGGUGCCGGAGCUCGGGAUGCUCCCUGGAUCGCGAUUCAGGGAGGUGUACUAUUGGGAUUCUUAUUGGGUGAUAAGGGGCUUGCUUGUGAGUAAAAUGUUUGACACAGCUAAGGGACUUGUUAAUAAUCUCAUUUCCCUGAUUGACACAUAUGGCUUUGUAUUAAAUGGAGCUAGGAGUUACUAUACGAAUAGAAGCCAACCACCUCUCCUAAGUGCAAUGAUCUGGGAGAUUUACAUGAGAACUGGCGAUUUGGAUUUUGUUAAAAAAUCAUUCCCUGCUUUGCUUAAAGAGCAUAAAUUUUGGAAUUCAGGAUUUCACAAAGUGAUCGUUCAAGAUGCACAUGGUUGUAAUCAUACUUUGAGUCGGUACUAUGCAAUGUGGAACAACCCCAGGCCUGAAUCCUUUACAAUUGAUGAGGCAUCUGCCUCCAAGCUUCCAGAUACUUUUGCAAAACAGCAAUUUUACCGUGAAGUGGCUUCAGCUGCUGAAUCUGGCUGGGAUUUUAGUUCUCGAUGGAUGAGUGACCCAACUGAUCUUACAACAUUGCGAACAACAUCAAUUCUUCCGGUGGACCUUAAUACAUUUAUACUAAAGAUGGAGUUGCACAUUGCUUUCUUUGCCAAACUACUUGGAGAAGCUUCAAUAUCUAGGGACUUUAUAGCUGCUUCUGAAGCUCGUCGUACAGCAAUCAAAACCAUUUUUUGGAACUCAGAGAUGGGCCAGUGGCUUGACUAUUGGCUUGGUAACAGCAGAUGUGAGGACAUUCAUAAAAUGGAAGCUCAUAAUCAAAAUCAAAAUAUUUUCGCAUCAAAUUUCAUUCCUCUAUGGGGUGAGGUUGAUUCAGGUGAAUCAACUGAGAAGGUUAUGAAGAGCCUCCAGAACUCUGGUCUUCUUCAAGUUGCAGGGAUAUCAACUUCACUGUUGAACACAACUCAACAAUGGGACUUCCCAAAUGGUUGGGCUCCAUUGCAGCAUAUGAUCAUCGAGGGCCUCGCAAGGUCUGGGUCCAAAGAAGCGAGAACAUUGGCCCGAGACAUGGCUUAUUGUUGGCUUCGAACAAAUUAUGUAGCCUUUAACAAAACCGGACAAAUGCAUGAGAAAUACGAUGUCGAAGCAUGUGGCGAGUUCGGUGGGGGCGGCGAGUACACACCCCAGACUGGUUUUGGUUGGACAAAUGGUGUGGCCUUGGCACUUCUUGAAGAGUUUGGGUGGCCUGAAGACCUCAAUAUCAGCUGCCAAUGAUUUUGUUGGAAAUAUUAGUGUUCUAAAACUCGGUUGAGUCCACUCAAGACUUGCCUAAGUUACUUGGAAUUGGCAGGCAUCUAGUCCCUAAGAAACUGGUCAAACUUGUGGGUUCUUAUAUUUUAUUGUUAUUAUUUUUACAGAAUUCGUACUCAUUAUAUAUCAAAUUGGAUGGUUUGGAAUGCG